UCCUAUAAGUAGAGCAGUUGCAUUACACUGGGCUAGAACAGUUCUCUUUGCCUUUCUUUCAUCCACCUUCUAUCAACGCCAUGGCUAGUCAUAGUAGGGCAGCAGAUGAUGAAUCUUUUGAAAACAAAACAGGAAUCUUUUCAAGUUAUUUUUACCGUCUUGCUGAAUCUUUCGGGUUUAAUAGCCCAAAUCAAAACAGGAAAGGAACAGAGUUCUCCAAUAACAGAGAUGGUGAUGGUAUCGUUAGAUCUUUUGAAGAAAGUGUCGUGGUUAGUGCUCCUGGAAAAGAUCCUGCAAUUAAGCACACCCUGCCCUGUAGUCUUGAAGAGCUUUAUCAAGGGGCUACCAAGACGGUAAAAAUAACUAGACAAGUAGCUGAUCGAAGGGGCUUGACCAGGGAAAUAGUGGAGAUUCUAACCAUUGACACAAAGCCUGGUUGGAAGAAGGGCACGGAGAUCACUUUCGAAGCGAAAGGGAACGAAAGACCAAAUGUAACACCUGCUGAUAUUGUCUUCAUUGUUGAUGAAAAACCCCACUCUGAGUUUACUCGUGAUGGAAAUGACUUGAUCGUCACUCGAAGGAUUUCUGUAACCGAAGCCUUUACAGGCUACACUGUCCAUCUUACAACCUUGGAUGGCAGGAAUUUAACCCUUCCGAUCAAUGAUGUGAUCCAUCCCAACUAUCAGAAGGUUGUCCCGAAUGAAGGGAUGCCGAUCCUCGGCGACCCAACAAAGAGAGGGAUUUUGAAAAUCAAGUUUGAUAUCAGGUUCCCAACAAGGGUUAAUGCAGAGCAGAAGGCGGGAAUCAGGAGAGUCUUUGGUAUGGGAAGGAAGCCUUUGGAUUGGUAUCCUCUUGCUGCAGUUUGUGUGUGUGUGUGUGUCUGUGUGUGUCUGUGUCUGUGUGAAGCAUGGCAUCUUUCUGAGAUGUUGAAUUCAGGGUUUGAUCUUUUUUCUUAAUAAUAAUUGUGUCUUAGAGGUUUCCCUUGAUUGUUGUUGAAUCUUACCUUUCUUGACAGUAAAAGGUACAAUUUGAAAGAGCAUUUACUUCA